AUGCCUCACGCCCCAGGAACUCCACCUGAGGAUAUCCUCGACAUUCCCAAAGUCCUUGAAAAGCCACAUCUUGGAACCGUCCUGGUCGUAGGCGGCUGUGGAUUUCUCGGCCAACACGUCGUCAAGUUCCUCCUCCAAGAGCCAACAUGCGACUCCAUAGCCGUAAUGUCUCGGUCACCAUUCAAGAACCGCUUCGAGGACGUCACCUACCACAUUGGUGAUAUUACCAAUCCCCAGCACGUUGACCAUGUUAUGAACCUCGUGAAGCCCAAAGUCAUCAUCAACACCGCUUCUCCACAUGCCUAUAUCGACCAUGAACAUGCUGGUGACAACUUUCGGGUCAACGUCGAUGGAAACCAGUGUUUGCUUGAUGCUGCUGCGCAGGUGGGCACGGUGAAGGCUUUUGUUUAUACGUCCAGUGCUCCUAUUAUUGCCGGUACGGGUGGUGCGUAUGAUCAUGCUGAUGAGACUCAUCCUACGCUUGCGGUUACGAAGAAGGGUGAUCCUUAUCAUGUUGCCAAGGCUCUGGGGGAUAGGCUCACUCUUGAUGCGAAUGGAAAGAAUGGUAAGUUUGCUUUUACUUUAGGUAUUAUCAUCAAGUGGGGGACAGAAGCACGCAAUCUUUUGGAGAAGAUGUAUUUGUCUUGAGAAUUGAGCCCCGGGGAUUGAAGUGUUUACUCCUCCGGGUUCAGUCCAAGUAAAAAUAGGCAAGAUCACGAUACACCGCAUAUACUUUCUACGAGGGCACAUUUCGUGAAUCACUCAUGUCGGAACACUCUUUUUUCAACCGACGUGCUUUUUGGCGUGUCUAUUUAAGGCUCCGUUGAUGUUUUUCUCACGCAUAUACUGAUGUAUGUACAAUAGGCAUUCUCACAGCAUGUAUCCGACCAACAGCCCUGUACGGCGAAGGCGACAGCCAGAUGAUACCAACAGUCAUCAAAGUCCUCGAAGAUGGCCAGACCAACAUAUGGAUGGGCUACAACGACGUCGAUAUGGAUGUUGUUUACGUCGGUCAUGUGGCCAAAGCAGAAGUAUUAGCGGCUUUGGGACUUCUUCGUUGCCACAUCAAUCCCAAAGCCCCGAGAAUUGAUGGCCAAGCUUUCAAUAUCACUGACGACCAGGUUUCUCAACCAUGGACCUUUUUCCGAAAGUACUGGUUGUUGGCUGGUGAUACUACUCCUCUCAGUCGGGUUUGGAAGUUCCCUCCUUGGUUGGUUAUGUUGAUGGCGCAUGUUGCUGAGGUUAGUAUUUUCGACGAUGAUUCUUUCCAUCUCCAAGGCACCUUCUCUUCACAAGCAUACAUCCCCAUCACCCUUCAUUUCCUUCUCUCAUAAGCCCUGAGAACGAACAUGCUGACAAUUCUAUCUAUAGUGGUUCGCCUGGAUCCUCAGCGCCGGAAAAUCCCGACCGCAAUUCCUCAAGGUUGAGCGUAUGGAAUUCGUCCUCCUCACACGAACCUACAACAUCAGCAAGGCACGUCAACUCCUAGGCUUCACCCCUUGGGAAGGUCAACCACACGCCAACCAAGAAGAAGCUCUGAAAGGCUCGGUUGAUUGGUAUUUGCAUCCUGAUGUCCAUGGACCUGCGAAACUACCCGGCACCUCGCUUUGGCCUGAGACACCUUUUACGCUCAUUCGAGAUACGGGGGCGAAAUCGAAGCCGGGUUUGCCGCAGGAUCAUUAUUGUAUCAUGAAUGCUAGGAUCAUGGCUACGACUCAUAAUAGUAUGUUUACAUCCAUCUAUUUCCCCAGUUUCAGAUACUAGAAGACUAAUGCAAUAAUCUCUAGCCAUCUUCCGCGCCCUCAACGCAAUCUGUCACCAAGCCCUCGACAUCCAACCCGGCACCCAAGACGCCGCCGAUUUCCUCGCCUACUGCAGCGUCGUCUUCGAAUUCAUGCACCACCACCACAUCAUGGAGGAAAAGCACUACUUCCCGGAUCUGGAAAAGAUCAUCGGCAUCAAAGGCCUGAUGGACAGCAACAUCGAGCAACACUUGCAACUCGAAGACCACGUCGCCAAACUCAUGAAGUAUGCCGAGACGACACAUCGAGAUAACUAUGAUGGUCAUCAUCUGCUGGCGAUGAUUACCAUCAUGGCGAGACCGUAUGAGGUGCAUAUGCAUGUAGAGAUCGGCACGAUUCUGGAGUUGCAUUCGAAGAUUAGUAGUCUGGAUUUGAAGACGGUGGAUUUGAAGAUGCGGGGGGAGGCGGAGAAGUUUAGUGAUGUUUUUAAGUAUGUCUCCCUUUCCCCAUACGUAUACCCCCUCCUAUAAAAUACUGAUAAGAGACAGAGCCGCUCCCUUCUUCCUCGGCUGUCAAGAUCGGUAUUUCACCCUCGACGAUGAAGCUCCUUCCUUCCCGCACGUCAACGCCCUCAUUCCUUACUUUGUCGAUCUCGUGCUUGCACGUCGGCAUAAGGGACUUUGGAAGUUCAAUCCGAGUUCUAUUUAUGGGACGCCUCGUCCUUUGCCGGAUCACAAUCAGAAGGGUGAGAUUGAGACUGUCAAGGAGACUGGGCAGGUAUCGUUUAAGGAGGGAAAGUGGAGUGAGCAUCGGAGGGUUUAUCUGGCGCUUCUUUCGCUGGUUUCGGUUUAUCUUUCUUCGUUCCUGUUUCAUCGUUAA